CGGCGCUGCCGCGGACAGGUCGCGGUGAGCGCGGCGCCCCCGCCCGACGGGUCCCGUCGCCCGGAGGAGCGGCCGCGCCGGGAGGAGACGCUGCCGCCGCCGACCCGCGGCGCGUCCCUUUCCUUCCUGUGCCGGCGGCGGCGGGGCGAGGGCUGCCCCCUCCUCCGUCAGUCGCGGCGGCAGCAGCAGUAGCAGCAUGAGCGGCGGCGGUGCCGGCCGGAGCGCGGCGGCGAGGGCACGGCUGGCAGCGCGGCUUCUGGUGGUGCUCGGCUGCGUCCUGACACCGGAGGCCCAGCUCACAGGAGUCCUAGAUGAUUGUUUAUGUGACAUAGAAAGCAUCGAUGACUUCAAUACUUUCAAGAUCUUUCCCAAAAUCCAGAAACUGCAAGAACGUGAUUACUUCAGAUAUUACAAGGUCAACCUGAAGAGACCAUGCCCAUUUUGGGCUGACGAUGGCCAUUGUUCUAUAAAAGAUUGUCAUGUAGAGCCUUGUCCUGAGAGCAAAAUACCUGUCGGAAUUAAGGCUGGGAGUGCUAAUAAAUAUUCAAAAGCAGCAAAUAAUUCCAAAGAAUUGGAAGACUGUGAGCAAGCUAACAAGCUGGGAGCAGUUAACAGUACCUUAAGUAACCAAAGUAAGGAGGCUUUCAUUGACUGGGCAAGAUACGAUGAUUCACAGGAUCAUUUUUGCGAACUUGAUGAUGAGAGAUCUCCAGAUGCACAGUAUGUGGAUUUGCUGCUGAAUCCAGAGCGUUACACUGGAUAUAAGGGACCUUCUGCUUGGAGAGUAUGGAACAGCAUUUACGAAGAAAACUGCUUCAAGCCUCGAUCUGUCUAUCGUCCUUUAAAUCCACUGGCGCCUAGUAGGGGAGGAGAUGAUGGAGAAUCUUUCUACACAUGGCUAGAAGGUCUGUGCCUUGAGAAAAGAGUGUUUUAUAAACUGAUUUCUGGACUUCAUGCUAGCAUCAACUUGCAUUUGUGUGCAAAUUAUCUUCUUGAAGAAACGUGGGGGAAGCCUCGCUGGGGACCAAAUGUGAAAGAGUUCACUCGCCGCUUUGACCCUGCUGAAACGAAAGGAGAAGGCCCAAGGAGGCUCAAGAACUUGUAUUUCUUAUAUUUGAUAGAGCUGCGUGCUUUGUCAAAGGUUGCCCCUUACUUUGAGCGUGCAGUUGUCGACCUUUACACUGGCAAUGGCCACGAGGAUGCUGAAUCUAAAGCUCUCUUACUAGAUAUCUUCAGGGAUACCAAGUCCUUCCAUAUGCACUUUGAUGAAAAGUCCAUGUUUGCUGGAGAUAAAAAAGGAGCCAAGUCACUAAAGGAAGAAUUCAGAUUGCAUUUCAAGAACAUCUCCCGCAUAAUGGAUUGUGUUGGAUGUGACAAAUGCAGGCUGUGGGGCAAGCUGCAGACUCAAGGCUUAGGAACUGCUCUGAAGAUCUUGUUUUCUGAGAAAGAAAUACAGAGCCUUCCUGAGAACAGCCCAUCAAAAGGUUUUCAGCUCACACGGCAAGAAAUAGUUGCUCUUAUAAAUGCCUUUGGAAGGCUUUCCACGAGUAUAAAAGAGUUGCAGAAUUUUAAAGUUUUAUUACAACAAACUAGGUAAUGAAGGUCUUUGCACAACCUGUUAGUGAAGAUCAUUUACAUGACUGCAUUGAGCAGAAGGAACUGAUCCUUACAGGACUCACAUGAACUGAUAAAAAGUAAAAUCAAAUACCAACUUGAAUAUUUAUGUUUCAACUAGGAAUGGUUAUUAAUUAGAAAAUAUAUUUAUGAAUGAAAUAUAUAGUUUUUAAAUGUGUAAAUUAUGCUGAUCUGUUUAUUUUUUAAGUUUUCUGCUCAUAGUUCUGUUGUACUUAAACUUCAUAAAUUUUCUUAUCUCCUUGUCUUUCUGAGACAGCUGUUUUAUAUGAAAACAUAUGUACCUCCACCCUGACUUGGCCUGUCUGGAGAGAGGGGAGCACUUCCUGUCUCUCCCCAUUUACUGAACUUCAGUGUAUUCUGAGGAUUUGGUAUGUUAGUUCUACUGUCAAAAGGAAGGGAGGGAAAAAACCUCCAAACAAACAAAAACAAACAAAAAAAAAUCACAGUAAAAAAACCUCCCAAACACAAAAAAAUGAACUACAGAAGGAAAAUAAGGCUCUUGCUGAGUUUUAGCUUCUUACUGUAAUAAUUAAACUUACUUAAAAAUAGCAAAUUUACUGAGCAGAAAUUUUUUUCAUGCUGAGCUUCUUUGCAUCAUGGUGAUACCAACAUUUUUUACCCUUCUCUUGUGCUUUUCACAUUUUCUUUUUUUUUUUUGUUUUUAAAUUACUACCUUGUCUCUGCUCUGAUGCAGCCGAGUUGAAAGUGACUUUUCUGCAGCCCCUUGCUGCAGCCCCUUACCUGCACGUAUGUGGAGGUUGGGGUCAGGGCAGGGGGAGAUGGUUAGUGGAGCGCUGCUAGCUGAAAAACUUCAGUCAAUCAAAUUUCUGUUUACUCCACAUUAUUUUCUAGAUUGUAAUCACAAGUUUGGUUUCCAAAAGUUGUCUUUUUAAUGUCUAAAAUGUUAAAAUAGCACACAUUGGUCUUUGAGCCAUGGAAAUAAAUUUGUUCUUUGAGUCAUGUUUGAGUGCUAUGUUAAAAGGUCAGUGUAAAAAUAACUUGCUUUUGUAGUCACUUUUAAAAAAAGAUGCUUUUUAAAAUUCGUAAUCAUACUGACAUUCAAUACCACAUACUCUUAUCUAUGCAAACCCUUACUGUAUCUUCUUUACAAGGAUAUUCAGCAUAAAGAAACGGGUAUGUUAAUAACAUUACUUUCAUAAAAUAAGAAAUAACUCAUGUAUCAUUGUCCACAGAUGUCAGUCAUAACUUACCAGUGUCAAAACAGAAUUUAAAAACAGCAUUACCAAUUAGUAGCAACCAAAUAUUGGUUUAAAUUUAAAAUGAAGUAAUUUCUUUUAAACCAGCAUGUUUAAAAAUGAAGUUAGGAGUUUUGAAUGUAGGAAGUGCUGGUACAGUGUAGAUACAUCUCUUGCUUUAAAAACAAGUCUUCACAAAAUUAAGUGCUCUUAAACAUUUUUCACCCUAUUAGAUACUGAGUGACCUAUUUAUAUAAUUGAUUGUAACUGUAUUGGCUUCCUUAAUGUGUUCCUUUACAACUGAGAUUUUCUGAAGGCUGGAAUAUGCUCUGUCCUUUGUUUCCAGACUAGCUUCAAAUUUCUACCUGACUGGAAAUGAAGUAGACUAUUCUGCUGACACUUGCUUUUAUAAAAAAUACUGUUGCUUCAGAAAGUUAGCCCCCUUGUGUCAAACUGGGAUAUGCUAAAUGAAAUGAAAACAAAAAUAGGGAAAAACAAAACCCAGACAAAAAAAAAAUCCAAGCCGCCCUUACGAAGUUUUGGUGAUAGUUGCACAAAUCGGCGAUGAGCUGGCAUCCUGGUGGAAGCUCCUGUUUAAGCCGGUAGGUGCUUGGACAUGGUGUUAGGGGAAGCUGAUGCCAGUUUGGGGAUGUUAUGUUUUUACCUAGUAGCCUCUCUGGCCUGUGGGCACCUGUGGCUGAGCAAGUUAUCACAGGCUUUCUUUUUCUAGUUAAUGCAGAAGAGCUGGAAGUUUCUGGGUGGAUUCAUGUGGCCUCUUCCAAGCUCUGUAUUUGCACCCUUAGAGUUUAUUUUUCUCUCUUAAAUUGGAGUGGGAAUCUAGAUAAGUAGCUCAGAUGUGAACAGCUGUGUUUGGUAAAUGAGUUACACACUGAGUAUCCAAAUCUUCUGAGUAAUUGUAUUAUGUUGAAAGAGUAUAAUUUUUAAUUGGCUAUUAAUUCUUUGCCUUUUGGCUAGACCUGCAAGGGCUAGAACUGUAGGCUCACUUGUGUGAGGAGUGCUGUAUAACUGGGAUUUAUCUGUAUUGUUAUAUGUUAUAGUGCCUAAAGCUUUAGGCAGGAUUUUCUAGUUUAAAAAAACUAACGAAACUGUAUUGACUGCACUGCCCCAGGAAGGACCUAAGUCUCAGAAAUGUUUCUUCCUCUCUUCCCCUUGCUUCAUGGGGAAGGUGAAUUGCUUCCAACCUCCUCCUGGGGAUGCAACUUGCUGUUUUUUUUUUUUUUUCUUUUUCCACCUGUGCCUGGCAAAAAUCGACAGACACUGAAGCAGAAUCAUGCAGUUGCUCAUGGGACAGGUGAGAGAUUCAGGCAUGCAGAUCCUGGACACACCUGGUCCUUGCAGCCCUUGUUGGCACAAGGUUAAUACUGUUGGGUAAGGAUGUAGAGAGAUGUGAAGCUUUUCUUCUUGUCCUUUGUCUCAUGGGAACACAGGAAUGCAACUGAACAGCAAAUUGUGUGUAAGUUCUGUUGCACCUGAAGGUACGUCUCGCUUGAUGAUCAAAUAUGGAAGGCAUUUCACUUCACUGCCGUUGUAGAGAUAGGACAUAAGAUUUUUCCUGUAACAAAUCUAGUUGAAACAAUUUUCCUGUCACCAUCUUUUCUACUGUAUUUGAUGUACAUUCUGUGACUGCUGCCUAUGAAGUUUUGCUGUGUGAGUUGGAUGACUUAGUUCUUUAUAUGUUAAAUUAACUUUUAAAAAUUUACAGCUCUGUUUUUAUACUAAAGAAUAAGGUUAAUUACACCGUCCAUGACCUGUAAACUAUUUUAAAUUCCAGCUCCCUGUUGGAGAUCAGCUUGUCAACAGUCUGCCAUUCAUUUCAGAGUAACAGGACAUUUUCUUGUACAAAUGACACAAUGAUUGUAGUCCCAGAGAGGUAGUGAGAAGACAAAGACAAAAAUGUUUAAUUGUUCCCAAGUCAUGAAGACUUGUGUGAAAUCGUGAAAAAAGACUUGGUGCAAACUGCAUAGGUAAAAAGUAGGGCACUGUUGCUGAAUAACUUGUUCUUCAGUGCCUGGGGAGGUAGGUCAGAAUAUAAAUUUAAAACAAUGAAAUAUAGAGACUCAUGUAAGCUGGAAUAAUAAGUGUUUUCCUAGUUUUCAGCUGAUGAUCUGUACUGUCAUUGUAUGUGCAUGAAAUACACUGUGCCACACUUUCUUGAGUUGUGUUUGAUGGUUGGGUUGCCUUUAUCUGACCUUGCUUUGUGCUUUUCUGGGAAAUGACCUGUAAUAUGUUGUAAAUAAUCUUGAUGCUCAUGUUUAUAAAGUAGCAAUCAGCAAUUCAUCACUUUACAAUUUCUCCAUAUAGCUACCCUAAUGAAAUGUAAUAUUUAUUAAAAUCAAAAUCAGUGUUGGAACUGCUUAUUGAGAUCUAAACACUUCUGAAUCUUUGCUAUGUUUGAAUCUACAAAAUGCAAAUUAAAGUAUUUUCUGCUACAA